GGAUUUGUUUUUUGUUGUUAAAUUGUCUUCGCACCUAUAUUUCAUAAUAUGGUGUUUUUUUUUGCCUCAUUUGAGGAUUCUUUGAUUUUUAGGGCCAAAGUUGCCUGACAGUAGUGAACUUUUCACCUUGCUAGAAAAGCAGGAUGGCGUACUGUCUCUGCUGCUGGAGGAACUCUACCUUUGUAAAACUGAAAUUUCUUCACUUCAAUCUAUAAAACAACUUUACAAGCAGCAGGAGGGAGAAUCAGGCGCUUCUGUAAGACGACAGAAAGAUUGUUGCGUUCACUGUGGACAGCACUGUUCGCAUGAGUUGCCGCAGUGUGAUACGGAGGAAGGCGGAAGUGGUACUCAUAGCGAAGUUGUCAAAAAAUUUUCGGCUUUGGAAAAAGCGCUCCUGGAUUUGAAAAGUUGCAGAGUAGCUAAUGAAACUUUAUCGAAGGAUUUAGACUCCUGUAGGUGUGAGUUAGCUUUGGAAAGAGAUUCCUCAUCUUUGAAGCAGACGCAUAUUGACCGCCUUAACCAACUUUUAAAUGAGGAGCGGGAACGGGCUGACCGAGAGAUUUCGCGUUUAACGAAUGACGUUUCAGAGGCGAGAGUUGAAGUAGAUAGCUUGAAAGAAAAGCUUUCGAUGACAACUGGUAAUCUUGAAGCAAUGAAGAAGAUUGAAAGUGAAAAGAAUUCUGUUUUGAACGAGUAUUCUGAACGUUUAAGUGCCGAGACUGCUGCUAGAAAGCGAGAAAUUAUAAUGUUGAAUCGGCGAAUCACUGUGCUUAUGCAGGAGAAUACUGUGCUCCGUUCUUCUCUGGCAUCUUCUAAAAAUUCUCGUUUUGACGGAGAUAUCAACAGUCUUUUGCAAGACCAACAAAAUUUGAUUGCUACUCUCAAGGAAGAGUGUGAAUUGCUGGCGAAUCGUCUUCGUGAAGAGCGAAAAGCAUCUAAGUAA